AUAUAUUUUAUGUUUAUGCUUCCAAAUCUGUAUUAUAGUUUAUGCUUAUUAACCCAAAGCAUUAAUGUGUGAGUACAUGUUAUAUAUGUUUGCAGCAUCUGUUCCUGUUUCUCUUCAUUCCCAAACCAUGUCUGUUGUUAAGUUUAAUGGCCUCAACUUCUCUGAAUGGGCUGAACAGGUUCAGUUUCACCUCGGUGUUCUGGAUCUUGAUUUGGCACUCUUAAGUGAGACACCGGUUGCUCUUACUGAUGCUAGCAGUGCUGAGGAGAAGUCUUUCCAUAAAGCUUGGGAAAGAUCUAACAGACUAAGCCUAAUGUUUCUGCGAAUGACUGUAGCAAACAACAUUAAGUCAACUUUCAAUGAUACUGAAAGUGCUAAGGAAUUUAUGAAUUCCGUGAAAGAAAGCUCUCAAUAUGAGUCUGCUGAUAAGUCGCUUGCUGGGACACUGAUGGGUACGCUAACCACCAAGAAGUUGAUGGUUCUCAUACCAUGCAUGAGCAUAUCGUCGAAAUGACGAAUAUUGCAGCAAGACUAAAGACCAUGGGAAUGGAAGUGAAUGAAAAUUUCCUUGUAACGUUCAUCCUUAAUUCCUUACCUCCAGAGUAUGGCACAUUCCAUGUGCAUUACAAUACUCUAAAGGAUAAAUGGAAUGUGAAUGAGUUACAAAGUAUGCUAAUUCAAGAGGAAGCAAGGCUUAAGAAACCAAGAAAUCAUUCUGCCAAUCUUGUUGGUCAUAAAGGAGCUGGAAAGAAACCAUGGAACAAGAAUGGGAAGGGCAAGGAAGGACUAUCAAAUCUUAAUGAGUCAUCUGCCAAAAUCCACAAGAAGGAACCAAGUAAGGAUAUAUGCCGCUUUUGUAAGAAAGCCGAACAUUAUCAGAAAGAUUGCUUUAAAAUAAAGGCAUGGUUCGAAAUAAAGGGUAAGCCUAGUG